AUGUCUUCACACUUUUCGUCUCCCAAUUCCAGCAAGCCUGAGGAAUCCUUCAAGGUUGACCUAAGGAAAGAUGUGGAUAAGAACCUGCCAGCAAUCAAGCUUGUUACGCUGAGAGAAUGGUUAGCAAUAUGGCUGCGCUUGGACCGUGAAUCAACACCUCAGCUCCAAGAUGCCUUUUGCCUAUGCAGUCACUUCUAUGAUCCUGAGUCAAGAAGUUUACGUUGUGCUCAGAUCACCUUCAAUGACUGUUGUCCCCUGAACAAUGUGACCAUUCAUCAACUUGCGGAUGUCAACUCAGCGGUUGGUGUUGCCCCGCGGGUCAUACCUUUGAUUCAAUUGCCAACAUUGAAAACUGUCAAGUACUACAUGAUGCGAAGCAUGUCACACACAUUAACUUCCAAUCUUCACAUUGGGACACUGGAUCUUCCGCUAGGCGGCGAUAUUACAAAGCCUAUGUACAUUCAUAAGGUACCCAACAUCCGAUUCUUAGAUCUAGGCGAUAAUGGAAUGUUCAGGAUCCAUUUCCCACUUUUGGGAACUACUGGGAUCGACAUGUACCUGAGCGACUCCCAAAUGGCUCAACUCUACGACUUAGUCUUCCAUCCAGCAGCUUUACAGACCCUUCCAGAGGAUCUAGUACAAGAAUGGCCCGGCAGCUAUGAGGAUGAGAGGUUCAGAAGUCAGAACCACAAAUCCAAACGCAAGGAGUACCAAAGCCAGGGGGGUGGGGCUCAAGACAUGCGUGGUGGCACAACACAACAAACUGGUCAAGAUGUCCAUGUUGAAUACCUGCAAGGAUGGUUGGACCGUGCAAGGGAGAUCAUUCACGGGGCUGAGGAGCUGCGCUGGGCUAGGUACUUUUUUCUGUUGUACGAGCUCAGGGGAGUGAAGAACCGGGAAGGCAGUGUACAUCCACCUCCAGAAAUUCCUCCGGUGAAUAUUCCUGAUAAUUUUAUGGACGGAAAUGAAGAUGUUGAAGUAGAGGUCAACCCAGAGAGCCCCAGGGUGAAAGCUGUUGAAAGUGUUCUCAGCCACUUUGAUACCACGUUAUUUAUGCCUGGCAUGUGGUUCAUUGAUAUUGCCACCCGCGUCACUAUUUCGCCAAACCCUGACAAUCCAUCAGAGUGCACCUUUGCAGAUGCGGAUAUGCAUUCCCUCCUUUUCCAACACUACACAGGCUUACCAUUUGCAAGGUGUGAAGAACUUGUCAAUGGGCAAGGGAACCACUAUCAAAAGGACGAAGUUGCCCACUUGAACGUUCUUGCCGGCGGUCGCUUGACCAUUCCUGAUUGGCGGCGAAACGACUGUGGCAUAACGUAUGCGCAGAUAUACACCACUGACAAAAGCAACACAUACAACAUUGCACUUGCUCAGAAUGCACAACAAACCAGCGCUAUACGGAUGCUUGAGUCGUGGGACCAAGAGCUCACUAUGCAUAUCAAUGGAUUAAUGUCCACCUUUGAAAAUUCAGCUCACAACCACGGCGUAGCCUUGCGUAUUGAGACUUGUGUAGAGUAUCAAAACUAUCCCACUUGUCAUUUAAGAGUACCAGAUGAGUUGCUCCGGAGGUGCGUGUAUGUGUUAGACCGGGAUGUAUUCUGGACAUGGAAACGUUAUCGCCUUAUGUCAAUGAGAAGUGUCAUGUGCCAAUGGAUGGCUGCUCAAAGCACGUUUACUCUGAACCGACUUCCAGAGGCUGGCACGCUACUCAUCAUCAUGGAAUACAUGAUGAAUGCACUUGUCAAUCGUCCGGCCUCUGGAGGUACCUGGGAUCAGGUUCACAAUGUAGCAUGCGUUCAUAAGAUGAAGGGCAGAAAACUUGUUCCAACACAAAAGCUAGGCGCACUGUUUCUUCCCACGAUUCGCUUCAAGAAAAACCAGCAACCACGUCGACCACGCAAUGAAGAUCCUCGGCCCUGGGAAAAUGCGGGUGUCCAAAAUGCCAGCGCGGUUCCCAUAUCAAACAAGCAACGUUUGGUCACGAUUCGGAGUACACACAAUGUGGCAAACCCAAUACCUGGUCCCGACUAUGUGCAAGACCAAGAACAGUACUCGUCUGAAGAAGACGAUCCAGAAGAGCAAGAGAGUGCUGCACCUCUUAAGCAGCAGCUCUGGAACGUGAUCUGCAACUAUCCGAUCCAGAUAAUGAACAAGGCUCCUAACCGCUCUCAACCACGUGAAUCAUGGUGCCGGCUUGGCAAAGACAAACUUGUGGCGGUAACACAUGAUUUCUUCACCAGCAUGGAGAAUCUCACAAGGGCAUUUGAGUCAUACUAUCUUUUCCCUGCUGAUGCCAACAAGUGGAAUACCACCGUGGCUCACCUAUUUCCAUUGAUCGAGGGCAACGUUGCAAAUCUUGAAAAGCGACAAGGAGUUUCAAACUUGGGAGUGGUGGUGGAACUCUGUACAAUGCAGAUAGGGCUUUCUGAACCACAACGAGCUCAACUAGUUAAAGACGCUAGGCAAUAUGUCUCAGAAAAUUGGGCUUGGUUGCCUUUGGGAACAGGCAAGAAUCACUUGUGGUCGACUGGUGUCAGUAAUGUACCCAAAUCUGCACAACAAGUAGGGCCACUGAAGGGAGGGCCGUGGAUAAUUUGUAACCCUAGGUUGCUUCGCGCUGGUACUAAUUAA